GGCUCCGCCCACGGCCUUGGGGCCUGCUCGGGUUGCCAUGGAGACGCGACGCGCCGGCUGGCGGCGGAGGCUGCGGCGGCUCUAAGCUGUUCCCCACGGAGGGGCGGGAGGAGGAGCAGCCCCAACAUGGCCAAGAACAAGAACAUAAACUAUAAAGGGCCAUAUGGUUAUCAAAAGCUGAAAGAACGAGAGCCCCGAGCUUGUAUCCGGUUUAAGUGUGCCCUCACAAACACCAUCUUAGACGUCCUUCGUCAGCGGCCAGGAUGGGUUGAAGUGAAAGAGGAAGGUGAGUGGGACUUCUACUGGUGUGACGUCCGCUGGCUCCAAGAGAACUUCGACCACACCUACAUGGAUGAGCACGUUCGCAUUAGCCACUUCCGCAAUCACUAUGAGCUGACUCGGAAGAACUACAUUGUGAAGAACCUGAAGCGGUUUCGGAAGCAGCUGGAGCGGGAAGCUGGGAAGCUGGAGGCCAUGAAGUGUGACUUUUUCCCAAAGACCUUUGAGAUGCCUUCUGAGUACCACUUGUUUGUGGAAGAGUUCCGUAAGAACCCUGGCAUCACCUGGAUCAUGAAACCGGUUGCCCGGUCUCAAGGGAGAGGCAUUUUUCUCUUCCGGAAACUCAAGGAUGUGAUUGACUGGAGGAAGGUGAGAUGCCUCCUUCUUCUCACCUCUCAGGAAGGGAUUAUUUGGGAACAGCCCGCCUUAAAGCUUUGCUCGGAUGGUGUUCGCUGCGAUGACCAGAAAGAUGAAAUCCCCGUUGAGAAUUACGUAGCUCAGCGCUAUAUCGAGAAUCCAUAUUUAAUAGGUGGUCGGAAGUUUGACUUGAGGGUGUAUGUCCUUGUCAUGUCGUACAUCCCCCUCAAGGCCUGGCUGUACCGAGAUGGCUUUGCUCGCUUCUCCAACACACGCUUCACUCUGAAUAGUAUUGACGACCAUUAUGUUCACCUGACGAAUGUAGCUGUGCAGAAGACAGCCCCUGAUUACGAUCCCGAGAAGGGCUGCAAGUGGAUGAUCCAGCAGUUCCGCCUCUUCCUGACGGCCAAGCAUGGGGCAGAAGCAGUAGAGAUCCUCUUUGCUGAGAUGGACAACAUUUUCAUCAAGAGCCUGCAGAGCGUCCAGAAGGUCAUCAUCAGCGACAAGCACUGCUUUGAACUCUAUGGUUACGAUAUCCUGAUCGACCAGGACCUGAAGCCUUGGCUGCUUGAAGUUAAUGCUUCCCCCUCCCUCACUGCCAGCAGCCAGGAGGACUAUGAGCUCAAAACCCGUCUUCUGGAGGAUACGCUGAACAUAGUGGACAUGGAGGGCAGAUUGACAGGAAAGGAGAAACGUGUUGGGGGCUUUGACCUGAUAUGGAACGACGGUCCUGUCAGCAGAGCAGAUGGGAAUUUAGAUACUCCAAUGAAUGGAUUUGUGGCAAACACACAUCUAGCUUUUAGGAAGCGCCCAGUAGUUACCAGCAGCACUGCCAAAGACUCAUGAUGCUGGAGUCAGCCCUGGGAGCCGGCUGGUACCCCUGCUGUUACCAAUCAGGAUUCUGCUAGAAGGCCUCUGACAUCUGCUUUGGAGCUGAGACCAAGGACAAAAGAGAUGCCUGUUUGCAUCCUUGGCGCCCACUUUUGGAAUUAUAGAUUAUGUAUUUAGGUGGAUCUGGGAAAAUGUUUCCAAUAAUUAGAUGGCCCAACACAGAUCUGAAGAAACAGUUCAGAUUCCCAGGACCCCACGUAAAAUUAUUUCAGGUUACCCACCCAAAAGCCUCAGGCCAGGUAAAAUAGCUUGCUCUUGCUCUCUCACACAGUUUUAUAAACGUAUGCCCUGCCUUUUAACUGCAAUCAAUUUCAACAAACACAUUGCAAACAAAAUCCAAAAAAUGUGGGAAAACCCACCCACUCACUGCCAAAACAAAAAGAAACUGUAACACAUCCAGAAGCUCUGGCAUGACUCCUUCAGGACAACUCUGGAGCAGCCACCAAGACUUCCAUUUUCUUCCUGGCCGAAAGAGGCAGCAGGGAAACUCAAAAAGGUACUCGCACCCAGUGCUGCCUGUUCUAGGAAUUCCCAGAUGAUGUUGACUGUGCCUCUCACAAUCGCCAUUUGCAAUGGCCUUUGGCUGGGGAUGAGGGAAGUUCUAGUCAACUAGAUCUGGGAAUCUCUGGUACAGGGAACACUGCUUGUAGCCAAUCUGGAUGAAAGCUACAAGACAAGGAAAGGAGGCGGUGAAACACACAGACAUCUAGGACAUCUAUUUGCAGAUUAAUAAUGAAAAAGGUAAUGAUGCCAAUAGCACACAGGUUGUGGGCAAAGUCAUCAUUCUGUCUUCUGAGACUCUAGGUACCUAGAUGGCCUCCUGAAAUUCACACCCACUGGAGAGCCAUGAGAAGUUCAGCACUUGCGGGGGUGGUGGUGGUGUUUGGUUUGUUUAAAACACAGAAGUUUAUAGGCCUCAUGGUUUGGAGAAUAUGCAAUAGGUUUGAAGAUUCAUUUGCACUAUUUAUUCCAAGUGUGGAUUCUGGGCUUUUAAGAGGCAGAAUUUGUAUUUUUCUUUUUUUACAGAGAAUAUCAACAGCCUUAACAUAUAUCUUUGUCUUCUGACACAAUUAUGCCACACGCAUAAUUAUAUCUGCAAUCCUA